UUAUUCAGAGCGAAUGAAUCAAGUUCGCAGAGUAGUGGUUCAUGUGCCGGAUUUGGCUGGCGAAUUCCGAAGGGCGGCGUUUUUGCAAUGUCUGGUGGAUUACUUCGGAAUGGAUACCAGUGGAACCGUGGAUGUGGAAUUGACUGAAGGUGUUUUGAAACUCAAGCCCUCACUACCGGGUGUGAUCCAUGAACCCGGUAUGUUGAGUGUCUGGGCGAAUCGAGCCACUGCAGUCAAGCUGACGCAUCCGCCAUUUUGUCCAGUGAGCUGCAUUUCCCCUGAAGAAAAAUUGCGUAUUCCGGAAGAAAUCGUCGAUCGUGGUGUGGACGUUGGUGUCGUGGUGAUUCUGGAAUCCUCGGAUCGGAAAAUUCUGUUGACCAGACGAUCAGCUACCAUGAGAACUUUUCCCAACACCUGGGUUCCACCUGGUGGUCACAUUGAGCAGGGCGAAACUUUGAUACAAGCUGGAAUGCGGGAGCUAAUGGAAGAAACGGGACUCAACGUGGGCUUUAAAAACUCGAAAUUGCCGCCGUGGGAUUCGUGUGAAGUACUGGGGCUUUGGGAAUCAGUUUUCCCGUAUGAAUUGCCACUAGGUCUUCCCGUCAGGCAUCACGUGGUCAUUUAUUUGCACUGCCGUUGUCCAAUUACGUCUGAGGCCAUGAAUGAUCUCGUCCAGCUUGACUCAGUUGAAGUCGGUGCCUGUGCUUGGUUGAGUCCUGAGGUCGUGGAAGCUGUGGCGGAAAAUAAACCGUUACCCGACGGUCAUGAAGUUCAGCUCACUGUAGUCGAUUCCAAUGGUUGCCAAAGGCGAGACGUGAUUGAAAAUUUUGUCGAGUUCACGAGACAGAGAGUAUUGAAUGACUCAUCAGGUGGGGGUCGGUUAAGCACUGGCACUCAAUACGCCCUGAAGCUUUUACACACUGCUCGGAAUAGUCCGGCGUGAUAUGUAUCUGUACAUGUCAAGGAUUGUUUUUUUUUCAACUAUGUAGGAGUUUUUUGAAGAGAAAAUUGAUUUGUUAUUGUUUGGGUGUCAAUUGGAUGGAAAUGUAUACUUGUUGCUUGCAGAA